GUCAAAUUUUCAAGUGGAGAUCAUAUUUUUGACAUAACUGAAUUUAUGAACUCUUGUAGCAAACAGUGUUUAUGGUAUUGUGGUGCAAACUAGUAUUCUUUCAUUUUUUAUUCGCCAGUGGAACCCGACGUUCUAAUUGAUAUGGAACCGAAGUGUUUUUUGUGUGGUAAUAGUGGGAAUAUUAAAACUUUCAAUAAUAAUUCAUUCACGAAAUGUCAGGUGUCGUUAAGGAUUCGGAUUAAACAUCAGCUGGGACAUGAAAAUGUGGUACUUCCAGAAAACGGCGAUUUAAGUAUUGGCUACCACUCCAGGCCAUGCUACAGUAAUUUCAAUGCUAUUAAUGCCAGAUAUAGGGAACCUGAAACAUCAUAUUCGCAACUACAGCAUACAUUACAAGACAAUUCGACACAAGAUUUAACAGAACUUGAAAAAUCCCAAGUUUCUUCACAAACGGAACAAACACCGGAUGAUAACCAGGAUGUAUGUAUCGAAAGGGUUGAAAGUAAUUCAAGUAAUAAUGAACUUCUUGCAUCCAGAACUUGCAUAUUUUGCAAAAAGAAGUACAAAAGAUUAAAAGGACGCCCAUAUAAACUUAGCUACAGUGCAGACGCUAAACUGUUUGAAAAUAUAAAGGAAUUUGCUACAAAAGUGAAUGAUUACAAUGUACUGAAUGAAAUCAAUACCUACGCGUGCAGUAACAAUUCGAUUCCAUACCAUAACAUUUGUAGAAUUAAUUAUCAUGGAAAAGAAAUUGCUGGGAACCGCCAAAAAACAGAUUGGCAUGAUCUUCGUGAUCACUAUGAAUCAGCUUUUAAACAGUUAUGUUUAUUCGUCAAAGAUUAUAUCAUAGACAAAGGAAAUUGCUGCUUCGUCGAAUUCAUUGAAGAUUUAUAUUUAGAAUUUCUGUCCCAAUCCUAUGGCGAUCCUAGCAUUAAUAAAUCAAUGUUUUCCAGUCGACAUAUUCCACAACGACUAGUAAACAAAUAUAAGAAACAUAUUAGAUUCGAAGGUAAAAAAAUUAUCCAACCUUGCAAAAUGAGUGUUGUACCCAGUCCGACCGAGAUAAAAGACCGCGAUCUUCUUCAGCGUGCAGCUUUACUGCUGAGACAAUACAUUCGUAACAUAGAGUAUUCUAAAUUAGAUAAUAACAUGUCAACAGAAGAUCUGUUAUUAGGAGAAUGCAAAUUCCCAGAGCACCUUACUUCGUUCUUCACAACAUUACUUGCAGCGUUUGAUUAUAGACGAAGAAAAAGUGCAAAAACCACUAGAUUAGUUCAAUCUUUCUCAUCAGAUGUUGUGUUUGCUGUGACUAACGGUGAAAUAAAACCGUCAAAGCAAAUAACACUUGGAAUUGCAUUGAAAAGUUUGUGCAACAGCAAGAAAAUUAUUAAAAUCGUCCAUAGAUAUGGGCACAUUUGUAGCUACGAUACGCUUCAAGAUAUCGAAACAGAAGCUACGUAUACAAUUGCAAAUAAGGAUACGUGCUGCCCCAGUGAAGUUCAUCAGAAGAAAGGCCUUCAUACAGUCUGCGUAUUCGACAAUUCGGUCGGUAUAGUGAUUCAAGAUACGGAAUCUAAAGAACCUGUGAAAGAACAACAUACCACAACUAACGAUACUGACGAAACCAUGACUGAUUCAACAGAUUUGGAAAAUGCAUUGAGAAAUACCGAAACUACAGAAACAGUUAACAAAAAAAGGAGCUAUAAAGGGCAAGUUCAAGAUAUGCCAAGAUAUUCCAAAAAAAUUAAGAUGAUGGAUACCGUUCUUCCAAAUGAUUCAGUGUUGCGCAGUGUCGUUCCAGCUGAUCUAAACAAAUUUAUUAACUUAGAUUUACUAUGGGUAAUGUCUCAUUUUUAUGGAGUAGAAACGCCUAUGUGGGUAGGUUUCAAUUCAAAAGUUGUUCAUGACAAAAGCGUCACUCAAAAAGUUUCCUAUAUUACUCCUAUAAAUGAGUUACCCACAGAUUCAUCUGUUGUAUUGGAAACCAUUCGACGAGCACAAAGCAUUGCAAAGGAAUGUGACGAGUUGUACGCGCAGGUAUCGUACGAUUUAGGUAUCGGAAAAAUUGCCUUCCCUUUGAAAAGCACCGAAAAAAAUGUGUUUAUUCAUUUUGGUACUUUCCAUAAUCAAAUGGCAUUUUUCAAGGGUGUUGGAUCGUUUAUAGAUGGCUGCGGUUUAACAAAUGUGUUAGUUGAAGCAGGUUUAAUCGGCACAGGGUAUGUUGCUACAUUUUUGAGCGGUAAGCAUUUCAACAGAUGCAAACGACUUCAUAUUCUGUGUAUGCUAUGUUUGCAAAUGCAAGAAUUUAAAUAUUUCUUGGAAAAGAAGAACAUUAAAGUAGAUGAAAGCGUACAGGAAUACUUGCAAACUUUACAAAAAAAGCCCUUACACAAUUUAUUGAUAAACAACGAGAUCAUAGAUGAAAUCCUGCUCGAAUUCAAAGGAUUUAAAGAAGAAGUGUUAACAGGAAUACACGGAAAAACGCAACAAUUUUACGGCAUGUACAUACAGUUCAUUGAAUACUAUUUAUUACUAGAACGGAGCGUGCGCAUGAGCGACUUGGAUUGCUUUGCUACGUUUUUACCGAAAAUAACCAACAUUUUCUUCACCUUCAACCAAACGAACUACGCUCGUUGGCUAGUUUGGUACCAUAGUGCCUUACUGAACAUCGAUGCAACGCAUCCAGGAUUAAAAAAUGAUUUAGUCAUUGGCGUGAAAAGGACGGAAAAACUAUUUUCUAGGAUACCAUUGGAUCUGACUAUCAACACUGAUGCAACUCGUCGUCUAACCGACAUAAUGGAUCUAACUGAUUCGAUUUCGACUCGUAAAAAUUUGAACAUUACUCAUGGAAUUAGAAGCGCCAUCAUCUCACACGUAUUAUUUGAUUGCGGUCUUGAGAAGAGGCAAGAUGUAACAAAUGAUCUCCUUCGGAAUCGAAUUAAAAAAAGUUUAAUCCAAAGAGAAGCAUUCAUUACUGCUUUAAACGCUCAUAUGAAUCCGUUUUCGGAUCGAGUGAGGCCAGAAAUGUUAUGUAACAUUUCAACGGGACAAGCUGCACCAGUGGAAGUCGCAAAUUUUCUAUUAAAUGCUGAACAUCUUGGGCAGAAGCAACGAAUGGAAAUGAUAGAAAAAUGUUCAGAAGACGAAGAAAGUUUUAAAAAUUACGUGAUAAAGAGAAACAGAAUGUUAAAUUUUGCCACCUGCAUAAAGCCAAAAAAAAUUGAAAUCGGUGGAAAAAUCCAAGAAGUGAAAUUACAACGGGAUCUGUUUGGGCGACUUCUUGGAAUUUGUUUGGAUGCGAAAGUAGACAUGACCAAGAUACUACAAUAUCCUUUGACACCUGUUCCACUUUCCCUUUGCCAUCUUGAUGGAACAAUCAUUAAAACAGUUAAAUCAACUUUAACAGUUGCUCUAGAAAGACAAGUCGAACAUGGUGUACCAGAAAACGUUGACGUGUAUCUUGUAGAUGGAUUUUUUCUAUUACACAACAUGAAACAGAUUCCCAUGACAUAUAGACAAAUUUCGAUGAAAAUUUUACGUCACAUUAUUAACGCUUGUCCUACGGCAAAGGCCAUUUACCUUGUGUUUGAUACAUACAAGAAUCCAUCGUUAAAGGAGGCUGAAUAUGGUUUCAGGAAUACCUUCUCUAGAGAUUAUUGUAUCACAGGACCUGAGCAGAAUCGUCCUGAAAACUUUGCAGUAGAACUGCAAAAUAUUUCUUUUAAAGAGGCGCUAGUUUCAUUUCUAAUGGAACAUUGGAGUACUGAUGAAGUUGCAAAUGAAUUCGGGGAUAAAGAAAUCUACGUAUCUUUUGAUAAAUGUUUCAGGUAUACAGCAUCGAAUGGAAUUGUUUUUCUUCGAAAUAUGAACGAUUACAAAUGCGAAGGGCAUGAGGACGCCGUUACAAAAUUUGCGUUUUACGUAGGUAAACUACACGGAUUCAGUAACGUUGUUAUCUCCUGCGCAGAUACAGACAUAUUGAUUAUUAUAUUAGGAAAUAUGCACAAAUUCGAUCAAUCGAUGAAAAUUUGGCUACAAUUUGGAACAGAAAAUAACCAAAGAUUUAUAAACGCUUCAGAAUUACACAAUAAAUUAGGUCAUAAGCUCUGCACCUCGUUGCCAGCCUUUCACGCGUUCACUGGAUGUGAUUAUAAUCCAGCAUUCAACGGAAAAGGUAAAAAUAUGGCGCUUCAUCUGUUAAUGCAGAAUGAAAAAUAUCAAACUGCUUUUACGGAUAUGUCUGAUCCUGAAAAAUUCAAUGAAGCAAGAAUAAUAGUUGAAGAUUUCGUAUGUAAAAUGUAUGCGACUCGUAUAAACGGCUUGAAAGGAAUAUGUUCUGUAGAUGAAGCGCGUUUACAAUUAAUAUUUUCGAUGAAUUAUUCAAUGAUGGACAAUAUGGAGACGUUCAAACGAAAAGUAUUGAAAUUCGAUGCUUCUUUGCUGCCCCCCUGUACUCGAGAAUUAGAGCAACACAUGUUGCGAACAUUGUACAUAUCAAAUUUGUGGGCGAAUGCUACAUUAGCGGUUCCUUCAAUCUUAGAUUUUCAAAACUAUGGAUGGGUGAAAACAGAUCGUCUUGAAUUCAAAUGGUUCGAAGGCCCUGAAAUGCCAGAGUUAGCAACAGAUAUCAUUAUCCAACCACAAGAAGAAGAAGGUGGUAUAAAUAACGAAAGUUAUCAUUCAGAAUGCGAUGAGGAUCUUGAGGAUGACGACGACGAUAGUGAUAACGAUGUCGAUGACGAUGCAAACGAUAACAAUGAUGACGGUGGCGAGGAUACUUAGUUUUUACAAAGAAUAUCUACUAGGCUUUCAGGACACUUAGAAAAAACCUGUUCAAUGCCCAAUUUGGAAGAUGUUAUGAAACUUGUUACUUCUGCGGCAAAUUUUUUCUCACUAAGUCACAGUUCUUGUACCAUUUUAUUGUUGUUCAUUAUGUAAAGAAAGUAACAAAAGUGUGUAAACAAAAAUUUGGAAAAUAUAAGGAUUGUCGAUGUAAAAAUUGUUUACAUACAAUAUUCAGACAUCCAUCUUCACCAAAUAUAUUUCAUUCCAAUGAAAAAAUGUUGCAGUGCCAAAUUUGUUCUCAAACAUUUCCAACCGAAGGAAUUUUAAAUAAUCAUUUGAAUAUGCACACUGGUAAAAAAUUUUUUAAGUGUGAAAUUUGUUUAAAACAGUUUACCCAAAAAGGCACGUUGAACAGACACCUAAAAAUUCACACUGGAGAGAAACCGUUUAAGUGUGAAAUAUGUUCGAAACUGUUUACAUACAAAAGCAGUUUAAAAUUGCACUCAAAAACUCACACUGGAGAGAAACCGUUCAAUUGUAAAAUAUGUUCAAACCAGUUUACACAGAAAUUUAGUUUAAAAUUGCACUUAAAAAUUCACACAGAAGAAAAUCUGUUCAAGUGUGAAAUAUGUUCGAAACAAUUUUUCCUGAAAAACGAUUUAAAAAAGCACUUACAAACACACACUGGAAAAAAACCGUUCAAGUGUGAAACGUGCUCGAAAGAAUUUGGUCGUAAACACUAUUUAAAAUGUCACUUAAAAAUUCACACCGGAGGAAAACUGUUUGAGUGUGAAACAUGUUCGAAACAAUUUAUCCUAAAGGGCGAUUUAAAAAGGCAUUUACAAAUUCACAACGAAAAAAAACCGUUCAAGUGUGAAACAUGCUCCAAAGAAUUUGGUCGUAAACACUAUUUAAAAUCUCACUUAAAAAUUCACACCGGAGAGAAACUGUUUGAGUGUGAAAUAUGCUCGAAACAGUUUCUAGAGAAAUACACUUUAAAAUGGCACUUAAAAAUUCAUACAGGAGAAAAACCGUUUAAAUGUGAAACAUGUUCGAAACAGUUUACACAUAAACGAAAUUUAAAAAUGCACUUAAAAAUUCAUACUGGGGAAAAACCGUUCGCGUGUGAAAUAUGUUCGAAAAAUUUUAUCCGAAAAGGUGAUUUAAAUUAUCACUUAAAAAUUCACACUGGAAAAAAAUCGUAGCUUAAAAUAAGGAAAAAGUUAUUUUUAUUUUUUUAUUAUUAUUAUUAUUAUUAUUAUUAUUAGGUGAAGGUGACUAUUUGAGGUAUGAAAACAAAUUUCUGUAAAAAAAAUUAUAUCAUUGUUGUUUUCGUUGAAAAUUAAUUGGCCAUCAUCGGUAUGUUAUCUAGUGGCCAUUACUCAUGUUAUGAAUUUCUUUAAAAUUAAUAAAUUUGAAAAAUGUUUUUAGUUAUCAGACAUCCAUUAUAUUUACAUACAAAUGAAGUACUUGAUUAGUUUCUAUAUAAAUACUUAUGUAAAUCCUAUUUUCUCACUAAUACACACUGCAAAAGUUACAAAUAAUCAUAGUACUUACCUUCGGAGACGAAGGCAUGGGAACCCUAAAGGCCAAAUCAAUGAGGAUGAGCUAUGCGUUCAACUCAUUGACUAUAAGGCCAAAGGUCGAAAAAGUGGCUGAAGCGAACCUAGUGAAGACUUCUUGGUAGAUGCCCCUUUCCCCCCCAAUUUAAGUUAAUAGUGGAGGACAUCAAGCCAGAAAAAAUGGCAAUCGAUGACCUACAGCAAGAGAACUCUGAGGAGCCACAAGAGAUCAUCCCCUCCCCGCUUUUGGAGGAAGGGAUGGUUGAAUAAAAAACCACUUUGCUGUCCAAUUUUUUACGCAAGACCGAGAAGCAAUAAAAGAGCUUUCCCAGCAACCGACAACCUAGAACAGCUAUUUACAUUUCUAGAAAAUAACAGCGGUUAGGAUAGAAUACGCCAUCAAAAGGGAAAAGAAAACGUUAAUCGUGGCAUUUGCAUACCGUCCCUCCGAUGCAACUGCUCCACCACCCAGUAAAGAGAUGGAGGAUCUGAUUGCAUACUGCCUGGAACAGAAGUUCAAGCUGGUAAUAGGUUGCGACUCAAACGCUCAUCACUUCAGUUGAGGCAGUAAGGAUAACAACGCUAGAGGUAAAUCACUUUAUGGUUAUAUAAUUACCAAAAAUCUUUGUAUUUUAAACAAAGGUACUACACCAACAUUUUUAAACUCUCG